AGAAGAACCUUCGCAGUCCCGGUUGAUCAGCGGCGGUGGAGAAAGACAAGACGACCCUGCACGCUUUAGAUAAUAUAAGAGACAAACAUCUCUCGUGUGUGCAUACAACAUCAAGAAGUAGAACUACUCUCUGGGAUCGUUUGAUAUCUCGGGUGCUUCUCAUAACUCGGGGAAUCUGAACAUUGCGUACAUUUUAUUAGCAACAUUAGCCUGCUAGCGGAGCUGUCAACAUGCUGAACGUCGCCAGAACUCUUUCGAGGUCUCUCCCCUCGCAGACCACCUCCAGGAACGUGUCUUCGUUGGUGAAGAAGGCUUGCUGGAAUGGCUUCCAAUCAGAUGUUCUGCGGACCCUUUCCCGGAGAAACUAUGCGUCCGAGGCCAUUAAGGGCUCCGUCAUCGGCAUCGAUCUGGGAACCACCAACUCCUGUGUCGCCGUCAUGGAGGGGAAACAGGCCAAGGUGCUGGAGAACGCAGAGGGAGCCAGGACCACCCCCUCAGUGAUCGCCUUCACCGCGGAAGGAGAGCGUCUGGUGGGCAUGCCGGCCAAGAGGCAAGCCGUUACCAACCCCAACAACACCCUGUACGCCACCAAGAGGUUGAUCGGGCGGCGCUUCGACGACUCUGAGGUGCAGAAGGACAUGAAGAAUGUGCCGUACAAGAUUGUGCGUGCGUCCAACGGCGACGCCUGGGUUGAGGCGCACGGAAAACUGUACUCUCCCAGCCAGGCUGGGGCCUUCAUCCUGAUGAAGAUGAAGGAGACCGCAGAGAGCUACCUGGGACACGGAGUGAAGAACGCAGUGGUCACUGUGCCAGCCUACUUCAACGACUCCCAGAGACAGGCUACAAAAGAUGCCGGUCAGAUUGCUGGCCUGAACGUCCUGCGUGUCAUCAAUGAACCGACGGCAGCGGCCCUGGCCUACGGACUGGAGAAGACUGAGGACAAAGUCAUUGCGGUGUACGAUCUGGGCGGUGGCACGUUCGACAUCUCGGUCCUGGAGAUCCAGAAGGGCGUGUUUGAGGUGAAGUCCACCAACGGGGACACCUUUCUGGGAGGAGAGGACUUUGACCAGCACCUCCUGCAGCACAUCGUCAAGGAGUUCAGGAGAGAGUCCGGCGUUGAUCUCACCAAGGACAGCAUGGCCCUGCAGAGAGUCCGGGAGGCUGCCGAGAAGGCCAAGUGUGAGCUGUCCUCCGCCCUCCAGACGGACAUCAACCUGCCCUACCUGACCAUGGACGCCUCCGGCCCCAAGCAUCUCAACAUCAAGCUGAGCCGCUCCCAGUUCGAGGGCAUCGUGGGGGACCUGAUCCGCCGCACCGUGGCCCCCUGCCAGAAGGCCAUGCAGGACGCCGAGGUCUCCAAGGGGGACAUCGGGGAGGUGCUGCUGGUGGGCGGGAUGAGCCGCAUGCCCAAGGUGCAGCAGACGGUGCAGGAGCUCUUCGGCCGGGCGCCCAGCAAGUCGGUGAACCCCGACGAGGCGGUGGCCAUCGGCGCCUCCAUCCAGGGCGGCGUGCUGGCCGGCGACGUCACGGACGUGCUGCUGCUGGACGUCACGCCGCUGUCCCUGGGCAUCGAGACGCUGGGCGGCGUCUUCACCAAGCUCAUCAACCGCAACACCACCAUCCCCACCAAGAAGAGCCAGGUGUUCUCCACGGCGGCCGACGGACAGACCCAGGUGGAGAUCAAGGUGUGCCAGGGCGAGCGCGAGAUGGCCACGGACAACAAGGUGCUGGGCCAGUUCAGCCUAAUUGGCAUCCCCCCCGCGCCCCGCGGCGUCCCCCAGGUGGAGGUCACCUUCGACAUCGACGCCAACGGCAUCGUGCACGUCUCCGCCAAGGACAAGGGCACCGGCCGCGAGCAGCAGAUUGUGAUCCAGUCGUCCGGAGGCCUCAGCAAGGAUGACAUCGAGAACAUGGUGAAGAAUGCAGAGAAGUACGCCGAGGAGGACCGGAGGAAGAAGGACCGUGUGGAGGCGGUGAACACGGCAGAGGGCAUCGUCCACGACACGGAGUCCAAGAUGGAGGAGUUCAAGGACCAGCUUCCCGCUGAGGAGUGUGCCAAGCUGAAGGAGGAGAUUGUGAAGGUCCGCGACCUGCUGGCCAACAAGGAGACGGAGACGGGGGAGAACAUCAAGCAGGCGGCCAACACCCUGCAGCAAGCGUCACUCAAGCUGUUCGAGAUGGCUUACAAGAAGAUGGCGUCGGAGCGCGAGGCCAGCGGCGGUAGCGGCGGCAGUGGCAGCAGUGGCAGCAGUGGCAGCAGUAGCGGCAGCAGUGGCAGCACCUCUGGCUCCUCAGAGGGAGAGAAGAAGGAAGGCCAGCAGUAGAAGCCCCCCCCCCCCCUCACCACAUGUCUGUGAUGGACUGCAGCGAGAACAUUGCAACAAGGACUAACGGCGGGGGGUCGAGGGUGUUUGGGCAGACCCUCGGCAACAAGCUGCGUUCUUAGUCAUUCUUAUAUUAAUAUAUACUGUGUUUUAUGGCCGAAAAAAACAUAGCAUAUUCAAACGAUAAAUAAUGUUAAUGUAUGUUCCUCCGAGCACGGGGAUACCGGAUCUAUUUGUAAUUUAAUCGUCCACGAUAACUAUAUAUCCUUUUGUGUUUUUUUUUGGUCUCGGUCGCUGCUUUGUUGAGCUCUCUGUCGUAGCACAACACUCGUGUGCUCUCUCGAACAUGCUGGAUUCGGACUGGCCUGUGGGACUGUCCUGUUGUGCGUGGAGACGGGCAGGCAGGUCUUGAUCGACUGCUACGAACCACCAGUGAAUGCAGCCAAUAAGAGGCCUGGCUUGUCGGCCACACUUGAUCCUGUUGGGGACGGUGUCCGAGCCUUGUCCAGGGUGCACCACCAAGUCUCCCAGGACCACUGGCAACUCCGACUAAAACGACGGGCCAGCUCAAAUAUAAUUUGUGGGUAUGAGGCUUCUGGAUGUAAUUUAAGAUGAGCUCUUUGUUCAACUACAUGCUAAUGUUCACCUGAGUUUGGGCGAGCUGCCCUCAUUGGCUCAUUUCCGUUUUCCACCUCGAAGUCCAGAUUUGUCCUGCAGUUGAACAGUGAGCCAUAUUGAUGAGCAUGGCCUUAAAGUACACCUUUUCAUUGUGGCUUUCUUUAAAACGCAAGUCCUAUUUUGUCAAUCAUUCAACCCUCAAAGGAUGUUGGGUUGCCAUAAACUCUUGUUUUCUUCAGUGUGCCAGAAAGUGAGCCAGGUUGCUCUGAGUUUUUGUUGCAGUCAGCAAGCAGCGUAAUGUGACACCGAAACGACGCUUAUGAUCUAGGAAGGUUGUGAGUAAUUUUUGAAGGUCUCCAUUGUCUUUUUCUAAUAAAAUUCCUGAAUUCAA